ACCAUGGCUUCCGUCCCGAGUGUGCAAUGCUUCGGCAAGAAGAAGACCGCCACCGCUGUCGCCCACUGCAAGCAAGGCAAGGGCCUCGUCAAGGUUAACGGCCAGCCCCUCUCCCUGGUCCAGCCCGAGAUCCUCCGCUUCAAGGUCUACGAGCCCCUCCUCAUCGUCGGCGUUGACAAGUUCGCCGGUGUCGACAUCCGUGUCCGCGUCACUGGUGGUGGUCACACUUCCCAGGUCUACGCCAUCCGUCAGGCCAUCGCCAAGUCUAUCGUCGCCUACUACCAGAAGUACGUCGAUGAGCACUCCAAGAACCAGCUGAAGCAGGCUCUUGCUCAGUACGACCGCACACUCCUGGUUGCCGACAACCGUCGCACCGAGCCAAAGAAGUUCGGUGGUCGCGGUGCCCGCUCCCGCUACCAGAAGUCCUACCGUUAA